AUAGCAUUUGCUAUAAGUAUAGUCAGUCAGUUUAUACAAAAUUCAAAAUGGGUUCAUAUGCAAGCAGUAGAUAAAAUAUUGCACUACCUUAAAGGUAACCUAGGGAAAAAAAUUCUCUUUAGAAGCAACUAAGAAAUAACCUUAGAGGCAUACACCGAUGCAGAUUAUGUAGGAUCACCAGUGGACAAAAGAUCUACUUCUGGGUAUUGCACAUUCCUGGUAGGAAACCUAGUUACAUGGAGAAGCAAGAAGCAGAACAUGAUAGCAAGAUCCAGUGCAGAAGCAGAAUAUAGAGCUAUGACCCUGGGAAUAUGUGAGGUCCUAUGGAUAAAAAAUAAUUCUGGAUGAUCUGAAGAUCAAAUGGGACAAACCUAUAAAACUACAUUGUGACAACAAAUCAACAAUAAGCAUAGCUCACAAUCUAGUUCAACAUGACAGGAUCAAGCACAUAGAAGUUGACCGACAUUUUAUAAAAGAAAAAUUGGACAGUGGAGUCGUAUGUAUCAAACAUGUACCAUCAAAAGAUCAACUUGCAGAUACCCUUACCAAAGGAGUGGAUCAAACUAUCUUCCUCAGAAUGAUAGCCAGGUUGGAAAUGAUAGAUCCAUACUUCACAGCUUGAGGGGGAGUGUCAAAAUCCAGCCUUUUAAGAGCAAACCAAUCCAAUGGCUACAAUGCUCAAUCCGUGGGACGCAGGACUCACGCAAGAACUCUUUCCAUAUUCGAGUUGCUGAUUUAGGAAGGAUUAUAUUAGAAUUAUUUUGUAAUUAUUUGUUUUCAUAUUAAGUUAUAUUGUAUAGAUCUAUAAAUAGAGGAGAAAUCAUGUAAUAAAGUAUGCUUUUCUUUUCAAACCUCCGAUUUCUAUCACAAAUGAAUGUUAAUGUGAGAUCCUUUGUCAUUUAUAACGUUAGGUGUAAUUUGUAAUGUUUGGACGCUUAUCUUUUAUGUAAUUAAUGUCAGUCUGGAUAUGGUGAAGGUAGCGGCAUAUAUGCACUUCAUACAGGUGGAUCUAGAGCAGUUGCAUUUGCUCAGAUGAGCAAUGCCGCGGCUAUUGCAGCUGCAUUUGAUGGUGGUCUGCCUGCUGGUAUCAGUGGUACUAAUGACCGGUGUACACUCAUUGUCUCUAACUUGAACACAGAUAAAAUUGACGAGGACAAGCUUUUCAAUUUGUUUUCUAUGUAUGGCAACAUUGUCAGAAUCAAAUUUCUUCACAAUAAACCAGAUCAUGCGCUCAUUGAGAUGGAGGAUGGAUUUCAAGCUGAAUUAGCUGUGCACUUUUUGAAGGGUGCAUUGCUGUUUGACAAAAGGCUUGAGGUGAACUUCUCCAAGCAUUCAAACAUCACACCUGCUCCUGAUGCACACGAGUAUGGAGGAUCUAACCUUAACCGCUUCAACCGCAAUGCGGCAAAGAACUACCGCCAUUGUUGUGCUCCGACAAAAAUGCUUCAUAUAUCCACUCUCCCACAGGAGAUCACAGAGGAUGAUCUGGUGUCUCAUCUCGAGGAGCACGGAGCAAUUGUUAACACGAAGAUCUUCGAGGUGAACGGAAAGAAGCAGGCUCUGGUUUUGUUCGAAAAUGAGGAGCAGGCUACUGGAGCCCUUGUUUGCGAGCAUGCGAGUGAAAUCGACGGGUACACCAUUCGUAUAUCUUUCUCUCAGUUGCAGAACAUAUAGAUCUCCUUCUCCCACCUUUACUCUCCUUGGAGAUCUGAAGUUGCUGUCAAAUGCUAUUUGAUUUGUUGUGAUUUUGUAAGAUUGAUUUGUGCUUUGCUUUGAUGAGCUUCUUUUGCUUGAAUGUAUUGGUUUUUGUUAGUUGUUGGCUGUCUAAACAGAUUUUUAGAAUGCUAAUUCUUCUGUUUCUGUUUUGCUCUGAA